GACUCUUACAGUUUUUUUCAUAAGUUUCAGUGGAGAAAAUAUUCAUUAGUUUCUGCCUUGUGAGAGAUGGCAGCCAUCCCUUGGACCAAGUUGCUGCACCAGUAUCAGACAAUAAUCUUCAUGCUGGUAGUAGCUGAAUAUUUUCUUGGGCCAACUGCAGAUUUUGAUCUUAUGUACAUUUUGAUAGCUUAGUUAGCUGUUGUAAUUAAUUAGAUAAUUUAAGGCAGAGUGAAGCUAACUGGAGUGUUAACUGGAACACUGGAGUGUUCCUGCUGUGCUUGUGAAGGGUGCUGUUAGAUUUUACAGGGACUCCUCUUGCUUCUCUCCACCAGGAAAGGAGGUUGUGUGUUAACAUGAUCACUUAGGCUUUACCCCUACUCAGUGCUAAUCUCUCCAAUUUCCUACUUCUCUCUGAGAAUGACAAAAAUGGCUGCAUUUCUGUCUAUACCGAAAGCAUCAAUGACUAGAGCAGAGAUAGAAUUAAUCUUACUUCUAGGCCUCCACAUGUGCUCCAGUGCACACCGCCUGUUGUCCUGCAAGUGCCUGUGGACUGGAGGUUUUCUCUUACCGUAAGAGCUUUCCCAACUCACCAUCACUCUUCCUGAUCAGUUAGCCUUAGCAGUACACCUGUCCUUGGGAGGCCAUGGUAUAUGCUCAUUAAAACUGUUUCAGGAUUUUUCCACAUAAAAGUUUUUACAAGCUCUAAAAGAGUCAGAUGUAUUUCCUGAACUGCUGAAUGCCUUGAAGCUCUAGCAGUCCUAGGUACAUCAGGCCUUUGUCAUUCUUGCCUCCUCAUCUUGGACCAUUGGCUCCUGAGGCAUGUAGUCUGAGUCCUGAAGCACAGUACCUGCAUCAGAAAUGUGCAGUGGCAACCAGAGUAAUUAAGGGCAAUCAUACUCUUUCACUUUCUUUAUAUGGUGCAACAUCAGUGACCAGAACUAACAAAGUAAUUCUCAAUUCUCUAAAAUUCUGAGGGAAUAAAAGAUUAUGACAACAAAGAAGUGCAAGGCUGCAUUCACCUUUAAGGAGAUGAGCACAACUGAGGAACAAUCAUGCUCAUCUAACAGGGCUGGUUUCAAAUUGCUUCAGAUAUGAGCACAAGCAUUCUGAGACUUCUGCUUUGUGGGUUUCAACCUCAUUAUUUUUUUCUCUAAAAUGAUUUCUCAAAUCACAUAAACAUAACAAUGCAAAGAAGAAAAGAAAUAGGGGCGUAUCAACACCUGACAGAAACUAGUGAGACGUAACUGGGAGCCAGAAACAUGCACAGACAUGGUGAAGUCUAAGCAUGCAGAUAAGCUGUGUUUUGCCCACACCCACGUCAGACACAAAACAGCUUCAGAGAGCUACAGAACACUGGAUCUCCACGUAACUCACUUCAGAAAAUCUUCACAAUGUUCCUUGCUAAAGCUUUGCUGAGUGGAGCAAGUGGAGGAAGUAGUAGUAGUCGUGGAGGAAGCCUUGCACGUGGCCUUGGAGGGCUCCUGACAGGAGGUGGAGGUGCAGGGAAUAUUGGAGGACUUGUUGGAGGUCUCGUCAACCUUAUAAGUGAAGCGGCAGCUCAGUAUAAUCCAGAGCCACCUCCGCCUCCUCGCAAUCAUUUUACAAAUGUGGAAGCUCAGGAGAGUGAUGAGAUCAGACAAUUUCGUCGCCUGUUUGCCCAGCUGGCUGGAGAUGAUAUGGAAGUGUGUGCCACCGAGCUAAGGGACAUCCUGAACAAAGUCCUUUCCAGACACCAAGACCUGAAGGCGGAUGGCUUCAGCUUGGACACCUGCCGUAGCAUGGUCGCCGUCAUGGACAGCGACACAAGUGGCAAGCUGGGCUUUGAGGAGUUCAAGUACCUGUGGAACAACAUCAAGAAGUGGCAGUAUGUGUACAAGCAGUUCGAUGCUGGCCAGUCAGGCACUGUUGGGAGAGCCCAGCUGCCCAGCGCCCUGAGGGCUGCGGGGUUCCAGCUGAACGAGCAGCUGUGCCGGGUGGUCGUGCGCAGGUACGCCGCCGAGGACGGCAGCAUGGAUUUCAACAGCUUCAUCAGCUGCCUGGUGCGCCUGGACAGCAUGUUCCGGGCCUUCAAGUCCCUGGACCAAGAUGGAAGUGGGCACGUCAGAGUGACCAUUGAGGACUGGCUGCAGCUGACCAUGUAUUCUUGAAGUGUUUGUGUGGCAGAUACACCUGGAGGACCACACUGCUCUGCUGCACAGCUGUGGUCUUGGCCUUUAGUCUUUCUAAGGCAGAUGUAGAUAGCAGUAGAUGGCUCAGCUUCCAGUGUAGUGAUUCUUCUUGUGCAUGCAUUAGUCUGCUUUUCUGAGGGGUUUGUGUAGGUUGUUGAUCGGGCAGUUGCAUAAGUUCAGAAAAUCCUAGAUUCUAAGGUUAGGGAAUAUAUUGGAAAGAUCAGAGCUUAGUUAGUUUUUCAUGUAAAGUGGCUUGUAUAUGAGUAUAACUAUUACAUAAAAAAGCUGCUAAGUUUGGUGCUGAUGUUGCUGUUCUGGUUUGUCAGCAGUCACUAAGCUGGAAUAAAGGCUGUUUGCCUGAAGGCAGUCACUAGUAGACUCUUGUGCAGUUAUUUCUAACAAGGGGAACAUUAGAGUUGCAAUAACUGUAGUGAUCAGUGAACUUACAUAAUCAUUCCAUUUCCUUUCUACUUCUGCUUUUUCAUGCUUGGCUGCUGAAGCAAAACCUCAGUUUUACUGUCAGUUCUAUCUGGUGGCCAGGACAAAAUUGAAGACUUACAUGAGGCUACUUCUGCAAUGAUCUCCUUCCUACAGUUCCAUGAACUAGUCUUUUCUCUCUUUCCUUCAAGCCUGAACAUAGUUAUGAAGCAAACAACUUAAAAUACUACAUUUAUAUUUAGAGAAACUUGAAAUAAUUAUGCAGUCACAUAGCAGACAGAGAGCCAAAGUCAACCUUUGGCUAUCUGAGUGAAAUUUCAUCAGCGUGCAGCAUCCCACUCAAGGUAGUUAUGCAGUAAUGGCUAAGAUGUCAACUUCUGAGUAAAAAAAUAAAAGGAAUAACAUGAACUGUCAAAAGUGCCUUUCCUUGAAUUAAGGAUUACAUUGUUGACAAAAACGGCUCUUGCACAAAACAGAUUUCUUGGCAAGGCUCUGCUGCUUUAAACGAAAAUUGUCUUGGGUGUGUGGGAGCUGGCUGGAAUGUGAAAAGAGGAGUUAAAUUGGCAGCCUGGCACUAGAGGCAGUCUCCAGAUGUGACUCAUAGAGGAAUACCACACAAUACCUGCAGGCCAUCUACAUGUUAAUGGGGUGCUGUGGUGUAGUUUGGUUUGGUCUGUAACUUUCCAUAGCUUCGAUUUCUAAAUCUUGCACUUACACUUUGCAAACAGUAUUUUUCAAAUUGAUGAGCUAUCCUCCCUGGUAUACUUGCAGAAACCUUUUACUUGAAACUAACUUAUAAUUUGUGCCCAGAUUUUUUUCCUCCUGCACUUUGUUUAAUAGCAAACAGAAAAAUAUUCAUACUAUCCCAGAUAAAAGAGGCCAGUUCCUUCCUCAUGGCAUUCAGCCUCCUCCCAGUUCUUCAGUGGAAAAGCACUCAGUUAUCCAUUAUGCCAUGUAGUGCCAUUUGGGCUCUGAGUAACU